AUGCAGGUGCCCAACAGACCAACUUUUGGAUACUCCGUGCGUAAUUACGCACCGGCAUCGCUGCACCCGCAGUACCAGGGAGGCCAAUGCGCGUCCACAACGAAGCCUGCCAGUGUGAAAUCUUUCACUAUUGAGGCUUUGCUCGCUAAACCGGAGGACACAGCCAGCGACAGGACGAGCCCGACUCAGUGCGGAGUGAAAUACCAACCGGCAGCCCCGGUUCUGCCGCUCACCGGACACGCAGGGUUACCGAUGGCACCGUAUGUCUACUCUCCCAACAUGCUGCACUCCGCGAUCCACACGCAGCCUGGAUAUUCUGUCUACUGCUGCCCGCCUUUCUCCUACCAGGCAUCGUGUCGCGGCGCAUUUUACGCACAAGCUUCGAUGUCCAAAGUCAACGCAGGGCUGCACUCGUUCAAAACCAAAGGAGGGAAGUCGAAACGGAUGCGCACCAGCUUCACCAGCGAGCAGCUGUCCCGCCUGGAGAAGGAGUUCGCCCGGCAGCAGUACAUGGUGGGAUCGGAGAGGUUCCUGCUGGCCUCCGCUCUGCAGCUCACAGAAGCUCAAGUCAAAGUCUGGUUCCAAAACCGACGCAUCAAGUGGCGCAAGCAGAGUCUGGAGCAGCAACAGGCCAAACUGGCCAAACUGGGCCUGGCUGCUCCGCCAAAAAGCCCCGGAUCUCAGGGCCACGGGGAUGAAGGCGACGAGGAUGAGGAGUUCUCCGACUCAGACGUGGACAUCGACGUGUCCGAUGACUCCACUGACCACUGCUAA